AGCCACCCGACUCGCGAGACCUGGUCAUGGCCAACUCGAACAUGACGGGCAUGGGCACAACAGAGGGCGGGCCCGAGUUCCUUGAGGUGCAAGAGAACAGUCUUACAGACAUGCUGGUGAUCGAGCCGAGCACGACGGGCGGCGGGCCGGCGAGCGGUGGCCCGAUGAGCAAGCCUGACAUCCAUCGGAUGGGGCCGUCGCCGCUGUUGGCGCGGGCUGCAGCGUUUCUGCCGACGAUGCGUGCGGCCAACGAGGUGCUGGCGCAGCUGCCGCCCGGGGCGGCGUCGAUGGAGAUCAACGACGACAAUAACGACGAGGGGAGUCAAGGCGGCGAGGGCGAGGACAGGCAGCACAUCGAGCUAGAUCUCGGAGUGGGCGUCUUUGACGGCGCGCCGGAGGCCGUGUUGGCGUCGGGCAUGCAGGCCGUCCCGCUGCAGCCGGAGCAUCCUGCGGCGGUGACGAGCCAGGACGGGGAGGAAGGUCCUUUGAUUGCCGAAUUGGGCGCGAGCGAGUAAAGCAGGCGAGCGGAUG